UGUAAUGGAGUUUCAGAGAUGGCAGCUGCUUGUUGAUGUCGCUGUUAGACAAAUGCAACUAUUUGAAAGUUAGAGCUAAACCCCCUCAUCUUUACAAACAAGAUAAUAGUGUAUUACUAAAGCAGUACAUUUUAAGUGUGGCUAAACUGAAAAAAAAGGUCAAAAGAGAACAGAACUUAAAAUUCUAUGAAAUUGUCCCAAAGGGAUUAUAUUUUUCAUUUUUGAUGCCUUCCAUCUGAAAGUGGCACUAUGCCCGCAGCCACUGUGGAUCAUAGCCAAAGAAUAUGUGAGGUAUGGGCUAGUAACCUGGACGAGGAGCUGAAAAGGAUUCGCCAGGUGAUCCGAAAAUACAAUUAUAUAGCAAUGGACACAGAGUUUCCAGGUGUAGUUGCACGACCAAUUGGAGAGUUCAGAAGCAAUGCGGACUACCAGUACCAGCUGCUGCGAUGUAAUGUUGAUUUGCUGAAGAUCAUCCAACUCGGCCUUACUUUUAUGAAUGAACAGGGGGAAUACCCACCAGGAACAUCAACGUGGCAAUUCAACUUCAAAUUUAACCUCACAGAAGAUAUGUACGCACAGGAUUCUAUUGAGCUACUGACUACAUCAGGUAUCCAGUUCAAAAAGCAUGAAGAAGAGGGCAUUGAGACACUGUAUUUUGCAGAGCUUCUUAUGACUUCAGGUGUGGUGCUCUGUGAAGGUGUCAAGUGGCUGUCAUUUCAUAGUGGCUAUGACUUUGGUUAUCUAAUCAAAAUUUUGUCCAACUCCAAAUUGCCAGAAGAGGAGGUUGACUUCUUUGAGAUUCUUCGUUUGUUUUUCCCCAUUAUAUAUGAUGUCAAAUACCUCAUGAAGAGCUGCAAAAACCUGAAGGGUGGCUUGCAGGAGGUGGCAGAGCAGCUGGAGCUAGAGAGGAUUGGCCCUCAGCAUCAGGCAGGCUCGGACUCUCUCCUCACAGGAAUGGCUUUCUUUAAGAUGAGAGAAAUGUUUUUUGAGGAUCACAUUGAUGAUGCUAAGUACUGUGGUCACUUGUAUGGCCUGGGCUCUGGCUCGUCCUACGUCCAGAACGGCACAGGCAACGCCUAUGAAGAGGAAGCCAGCAAACAGCAGUCAUGACACAACAAGAACCCCCCCUCACUGUAGAGACCUGCAGGGCUUAAAAACAUGGGUUUUUUAGUUUUUCAUAAAAUGUUCAAUAGGAAUUUGCACUUUAAAGCUCCAGCGAGACUCUUGAUUUUAAAUGUAAAGCUAAAAGAACUUCCUCCACUUUGUUGCCUUCUCUACGUUAACAUUUUGUCACAAGUUGUUCCUGUUUUAUGAUGAGUAUAAAAAAAAAAGGGUGUUUUAUUCCCCCCUCCCCCGCAGAGCUCAGCCUUAAAAUUAAGCUACAUUUUAUGUUUUGGUUUUUUUUUUUGUUUUUUUUUUGGUUUGUUUGUUUGUUUGUUUUUGUUUGUUUGUUUUUUUAAAUAAUUAAUUUAUUGCAUUCAUUGUCAUGUCGUGUUGAAUUAUGCAUCUUAUUUAGCAAACAGCAGUAUACCAGUAACCUACAAGCGUGGUGGUUCCCUGAGCAGAGGAGUACUAUCCAUUUUUCACAAUCUGCAGUAGCUUGAGACAGACAGUGCCCCACAGUCUCACACGCAAAUACAGGCACUUACCGGCACAAAUGAGGCCUUGCACUGAUUUUACCAUAAUGUUGGGCUUACACAUUUUACCACAAAAUUAGAAGUGUGAUGCAAAACUGCCACUAUUUAAUUGGACUGAGGUCACUUCUGUAUCAAGAUUGUCUUCAUUUCAUUUUUUUAAAGUGACUUGAAGGUUUUGUAUAGUUUUAGUAAAAAUUCAAUGCCUUUUAUUCAUUAUGCUUCUUUAAAAAAAUCUUAACCAACUCAAGUACUCAGUGUCAGUGGAAUUAGGUUUAACGUUACCUGUAGUGCUGGUUUUUCAGUCAUGCACAUUUUGUGCUGUUUGGGUUUUUUGUAUUGUACUGCUUUACAAGUCUGUGUUGCAUAGAUCUGCUGCAUGUACUGAUGGCUUUUGAAUAAAUGCUCUAUUGAGUCAUGGUCUGAGCUUUUACAGAGAUGUGACGUGCAUGGACGGUGCUUAUCUUCCAUUGACUGUUGCCUCUGGAGAAUGUGGAAAAAAAACACUUAACCCUCUUCCUUUCCCCUCUCCACUCCGUUAACGUGUAAAAUAUACAUGUUGAAAAUAUGCAAUAUCGAGGGUGACUGUUUUUAGAGCUUUUGUAAAUAAAGGCCUCAGAUUUUCUAACAUCUGAAAAGUGGU